CUUUUCUGACCAUACCUCACCGAACCCUCUCUUCUGGCCAUACCUCACCAAACCCUCUCUUCUGGCCAUACCUCACCGAACCCUUCUCUUCAGGCCAUACCUCACCGAACCCUUCUCUUCAGGCCAUACCUCACCGAACCCCUCUCUUCUGGCCAUACCUCACCGAACCCCUCCCUCUCACGACAAAUCGUUUUAUUGUUGGCUCGUCAGGCGGCACGAGACUCGCGGGUUUUAGCAUGCAGUUGUUGAACUGAAAUGCUAACACAUUUUGAAACCAUCAUAAGACACGCGGCUGCUGAAAUAUUUACAUUAAACUUGUAAUCCACCACAUGUGAAGGGACAAAUCGAAGUGUAUCUGAAGUUGUCGCGUUGGAGCAUUUGGAUUUCACAUCAAUAUAAACAGGAUUGCGACAUAAAUGCCUUAACUUCCUGGGGCGUAUUGGUCUUACCAGACUGGUUCUCCAGUGUACUAACUCUGGUGUCUGACACAUCUACCCUGAUCGGGAGGAGAUGAGCUGGGCAGAGGAGGACUGGACAGUGGGCCUGUCUGGCCGGGCCCUGCAGAAGGUCAAGGAGCUGCAGGUCCAGCAAGAGAGGCUGAACAGAGAGAGACAGCAGAAACAGCUGCAGCUGGACAGCACACAGACCUCCCUCAACAAACAGACUGUCAAGUAUGAGGAGGUGCGCGGGGAGCUGCAGUGUGUACAGAGGGAGUUACAGGGGGCUCGUGAGGAGGUGCAGGCAGGUGCGUGUGCGCGGGAGCGUCUCUCUCAGGAUCUCCAAGUGAAACAGGCCCAGGUGUGUUCACUGGAGGGACAGCUGGGCUCAGCACGAACCCUCACACACACCCUCGAAAAGGAGGUCAAAAGGUUGGAGGCAGAGCUAGAGAAGUUACAGAACACUAACAGCUCUGGAGACUCCAUGUUGUUUUCCACCCCAUGCUGGAGUAUGACAUCACCAUGGGACCACAAUGGUGGGAGACAGGAGGAAAGACAGGGACACAGAGGCGAGGGGGACAAUAAAGCACCACACGUCAGUCAACAGCUCAAAUUCUCUGAACCUGGAUUCUCACCCACGCCCAUGUUCCCACAACAACAAGCCAAGGGCACGCCCCACCGGCGCCUGUCACACCAAUCAGACUCCUCCACUCCCUCAGCUGUGUUUCCAUGGGAACGAGAAGACCCAAAGCCUUCCACCAGGGGACGACCCGCUCCUCCUCUCCCCUCCUCCAGCGAUGUCAGACGAGGCCAGGAAGCUGGGGAUUGUGGGAUGGUGGAGGAAUUCAGGAGAGAGACAGACAUGUCGGGGUGUGUAGCAGAGCUGCAGGGGCGUAUGCGUGGCCUACAAGAGGAGCUGAAGGCUGAGUGUGAGCGGUUCAGACAAACCCAGGAUGCUCUAGCCAACGCCAGGAAAGACCUGACCACCAGAGAACAAAGUCUACAGAGGGCCAAGGAUGAACUGAGCCUCGCUCACACGCGCAUCUCACAGGAGAGCGAUCGGGCCCAGUCGUUGGAGCAGCGUGGGAAGCAGCUGCAGGAGGAACUGAAGUGUCAGAGACAGAACACUGAGAGCAGCCGCCUGCAGCACCAGCAACGCACCAGAGACCUGGACAAGCAACACCAGAGGGACUUGUUGGAGCUGCAGAAAGAGUGUCAGUCUGUGGAGAAACAGCACCAGCUGGAUGUUAACAAACUGAACCAGGAGGUCCAGCAGGCCAGAACACUACACAACACACUACAGGCCCAGUCUGAGAAGGUGACCCUUCAGAAGCAGGCGUUGGAGAGGGAUGUAGACAUUCUGAAAGAGAAAGUCAAAUGGACUGAGGGGGAACUGAAGGAGAGCCAGAAGAAAGAGGCCCAAACACAAACCAGACUAACGGAGACAGUGCUUGAGAGGGAGGGGUUGAAUGUUACUCUGGAGCAGAACAGGAGGAGAGAGAGGGGACUGGAGGAGGAGGUGAAGAAUCUGACUGAGGAUCUGGCUGAGGCCCGCCGACGUGUCAAAGAACUAGAAGACCAGAAGACAGUCCAGCCCUCUGUUGCUCCAAUGACUCCAGUUCCGUUUAGCCCUGCAGGACAGAGCUUUUCCCCAGUCUCACCACCACGACAUGGCCGCCACGCCCCACACACACCCUCGGCUCAGACCAACAGACCUGCCAGAGAGGAGCGAGCGAGGGAGUCAGAGGAGAGAGGGAAUGAGGAACGGAGAGCAAAGUACCCCACAGAGAGAGAACCUGGAGAGGGCAUUGACUCAGAACACAUUACUGAGUUUGGAUCCACAGACUCUGAAAAACGACAGAGGGCAGGAGGGAGGGGGGAGGAGAGGAAACGAGAGAAUGAGAGAAAAGAUGAGGCAGAGUCCGUAGUAGAUGGCUGCAUCCCUGGAAAGGGAGCAUCUACCAAGGACAAAAACACACUCGACACACCGAGCUCUCUUUCUCCAACAGACCAAAGUCCCCACCUCACCAGCUCCGCUGGCUCCGACACAGACUACGAGAGCGAGACCCUGUCCAGCCACUCCAAAGCCCGAGCCCAGACCACCGGGGCUGAGGGAGACCUACAGAGGGAGAACAGAGAGCUGCGUUCAGAGCUGCAGGACGUUAAGGAUGAGUUACAAAGGAGACUGGAGGAUCUGGAGACCCAGCGCAGAGCGGAGGCCGAGGCCAGGACCAGGCUCAAGCAGCUCAGCCGCAAACACGCCUCCCAAACCAAGACCUCCAGAGAGACGGAUGAGGAGGAGGAGAGGGCCGAGAUGGGGAGGUUGAAGGAGGCACUGGCUGAACUUGAGAUACAGGUCAGGACAGAUGCAGAGGACAGGGAGAGAGUGGAGGAAAGGAAAGGGAGGGAGAGAGACGACCGGGAGUCUGAAAGCAUGCUGCUGAAUCUCCAGCUAAAGAAGCAGCUGGCUGAGUUGAAGACUGAGCUCUUGAUAGAACAGGAGGAGAGAGAAAUGGAAAAGGAGGAGGAGAGGAAGAGAUUGAAAAACAAAGGGAUCGAAGGAACGAUUGAACUUACUGUGAAGCUGGAAGAGCUCCAGGCAGAGUUGGAGGAGCUGAAGAACCGUGGAGGUCUUGAAAGGAAGAACAUGGUAGAUAAAAACACCCCUCUGACAUAUCUCACCAUGCACCAUGACAUCCCCUCUAACUCCAACAAGCUACUACCAUCUCCAGACCAGCACCAUCUCCUGUGUGAGUCCACCACUGUUGUCCCGCAGGCAACAACAGCUGAUCUGAUCCGGGAAGAAGGAACUCUGAACAAAGCACCAGAACUCUCCAGACCUAUUGGUGAGGGAGAGGCCAUUGUGGAGGCUCAGAGGGGUAUGUCUGCCUCUGAGCUGGGUGAAACCACUGUGGAAGCUGAGAAAGGGAUAUCUUCCUCAGACCAGGGAGAGACCAAUAAAGACACUCUGAGAGGUGUAUCUCCCUCGGACAUGGAGAAAACCCCACUGGCACUCCAGAGUGCAGGCUUCUCUGCCUCAGAUCUAGCCCAAGAGGUGGAGCGUCUGCGGGGGGAGAGUGCCAGGGAGGCUGGACGAGCUAUACACUCCCAGGCAAAGCUGGAGGCUUUACAGAGCCAGGUGACCAGGCAGACCCAGCAGCUGACCCUGGCCUUCGACCACCAGAGCAGACACAUCCAGGACCUGCUGGCAGAGCUGCAGGAGAAGGAGGGCGGCCUUCUCAGGCAGGGAAAGGAACUGCAGCGCUGCAGAGAUGAAUUGGCCACGCUCAGACAGGGGAUGGAGAAAGAGAGAGAGAGACGAGAGGAAGAGAGACAGGAGGAGGAGAUAAAGAGCACUAGGGUAACUAUAACCCCUCAGCAGGCUGACCAUUACACAGAUAUACAUCAGAUGACACAUAGCACUCAGAAUGAGUCUGCCUCCGGGAUAGAAGACACUACAGACAUAACAAUCAACCCACUGAACACUACCCAGGCUUCCUCUACACUUUGUGAUGAGGGAGGUCAGCUGACCACUCCACAGAAAAACUGUGUCACUGAAUGGCAUGAUGUAACAGAUAGCAGUACCACUCUGGGCGGCCAUCCUGCUGAACAUAAUACAGAGAAGAUGGUGGAUUCUAAGGCUUCUGCCCAGCCAGGCAGGAGUGAAGAGACGAGAAACAAAGAGAAAUUCAAAUCUGACAGAUUAACUGUAGCAUGUUCCAAAGGGCAGAUGGAACCGUCUGAGAGUUCUGAGAUGAAACGCAUCCGUAGUGAAGAACAACAUUCAACGAAGGAGUUACAGCUAUCUCAGAGAGACCCGAGUCUAACCAGGACUGAGAACACAUGUUUUACUGCAGAGCUGGAGAAAGCUUCUGGUCCUAUCAACAGACCAGAAGACACCAGUGGACAGGACAGACAAGAUAGCGGAGAGAGUUUAGCUGUAGAGCUGCAGUCUCUAAAACAGAAGAACGAACUGCUGAAACUGACACUUCCAGAUGUGGCAAACACAGACCAAGAAACUAGUUCUGUCAGUAACACAACACUACCAGCGACUUGUGAAGAACCGGCUGAAAGAAAAGCAAAGAGAAGGAAUAGAAAAAAGCAGAGAGGAGGACAGGAAGUUAAUUCCACCUCUGGAGAGCUAAAGCAAAUCAGUGACAUUAUCACCUCGGGACGUGAGGCCACACUGCAUGAUGGAGGGAAGCCUGUAGAUGAGGAGAGAGGGGGAGUAGAGUCUGAAGGAGUGAAGGAGAUGGGGAGAGGGGGAGUAGAGUUGGACGGAGGGAGGGAGACGGGAGCUGGGGAUGAGGGGAGAGAGGGAGAAGGAGUGAAGGAGAUGGAGGCAGGGGAUGAGGGGAGAGGGGCAGUAGAGUCUGAAGGAGUGAAGGAGAUGGAGGCAGGGGAUGAGGGGAGAGGGGCAGUAGAGUCUGAAGGAGUGAAGGAGAUGGAGGCAGGGGAUGAGGGGAGAGGGGCAGUAGAGUCUGAAGGAGUGAAGGAGAUGGAGGCAGGGGAUGAGGGGAGAGGGGCAGUUGAGUCUGAAGGAGUGAAGGAGAUGGAGGCAGGGGAUGAGGGGAGAGGGGCAGUAGAGUCUGAAGGAGUGAAGGAGAUGGAGGCAGGGGAUGAGGGGAGAGGGGCUGUAGAGUCUGAAGGAGUGAAGGAGAUGGAGGCAGGGGAUGAGGGGAGAGGGGCAGUAGAGUCUGAAGGAGUGAAGGAGAUGGAGGCAGGGGAUGAGGGGAGAGGGGCAGUAGAGCCUGAAGGAGUGAAGGAGAUGGAGGCAGGGGAUGAGACUCUACUAGACACUACUCCACUGGCUCCACUCCAGAUCACCUGCCUAGAGAAGCAGGUGGUGAUGCUGCAGGCUGAACUGCAGUCUCUCUCUGAGGAGAACCAGAGGCAGGCUGAGGAGCUGACAGUGUGGAGGCUAAUGGCCCAGCCCCUCUGUCUAGACCCAGAGGACCUCACCUCUGUUACCCUCAGCCCUGGCCACAACACUGCUACCCUCAGCCCUGGCCACAACACUGCUACCCUCAGCCCUGGCCACAACACUGCUACCCUCAGCCCUGGCCACAACACUGCUACCCUCAGCCCUGGCCACAACACUGCUACCCUCAGCCCUGGACACAACACUGCUACCCUCAGUCCUGGACACAACACUGCUACCCUCAGCCCUGGGCACAACACUGCUACCCUCAGCCCUGGACACAACACUGCUACCCUCAGCCCUGGACACAACACUACUACCCUCAGCCCUGGACACAACACUGCUACUCUCAGCCCUGGCCACAACACUGCUACCCUCAGCCCUGGACACAACACUGCUACCCUCAGCCCUGGACACAACACUGCUACCCUCAGCCCUGGACACAACACUGCUACCCUCAGCCCUGGACACAACACUGCUACCCUCAGCCCUGGACACAACACUGCUACCCUCAGCCCUGGACACAACACUGCUACCCUCAGCCCUGGACACAACACUGCUACCCCCAGCCCUGGACACAACACUACUACCCUCAGCCCUGGCCAACACAGCAGUGUGAUGGUGAUCAGAGAGGAUGAGCUGCUUCUCUCCUGUACCUCCAGUAGACUGUAUGGGAGGACCCUGGCCUCAAGACUGCAUCACUGCAAUUCUCCUGAAGCAAAGAGUCUCCAAAACCCAUCCAGAAAGAACAAAUCUACACAUCCCCAAGAGACGGAAAAACAGACCAAUGAACAUGGGGAAGAUGGUGAAGAAGCAGACAUCACCAAAGAUGUUUACCAAAUCUCAGAGCUCCAGACCAAGGCAACAGAGCACACUAACCAAGAUGAUUCAGAAAACAAGACCAAUCCAAAUACUUCCAGAGCAACAGAUGAGACCCAGGCCAAAGAAAUAGUCUCAAGGCACAAUCUAGACGUCAUAGAACUAGAUAACAAAGAGUUCCCCACUCUAUCUCUCGCUGAGGCUCAAUCCACUGAAGCACAGUCCUCUGAAAUCAACCAUUCCAGUCACCAUCAAGAGGUACCAAUCUCCACUGGUGUUGAGAAUAAAAGUCACUCCUCGGUCCGUAGAACUGUCACCACUACAUCAGAGUGGCGAACUGAGAGAACGAUGGUGGAGACCAAGGUUCUGAGUUCAAAGGUCAUACCAGCAGGAUGGACAGGUCAAGAGAGAUUGAGCUCUGUAGAUGUGAGUAGUACCAGCUCUCAGACAGAGGAGGGGAGAGAAACAGGCGCCCUACCAGAAACACACCACGUAUACACACAGACGGAGGAGGAGGAGAAUGAUGAAGAACCCACAGAAUCACCCCCUGUGUCACCAGUCCAGAUGUCUGAGGCCGAGGGGGACAGGAUGUUGUUUUCUGGGUCCUUCCCGAUCCCUGCUGACCCAGCCCGUCUUGCGGAGCGGAUCCGUCGUAACCGGACUCAGAUGUCUGCAGCGUACGAUGAUACGGAAUACGAACCCUACGGCCUGCCUGAGGUGGUCAUGAAAGGUUUUGCUGACAUUCCCAGUGGUCUAGGCUGUCCGUACAUUGUGAGGAGGGGGCUCCUGGGUACUGCUGCUAUGCCCCGCCCCCAGAGAGAUCCCGGCCAGAGGGAGGGGGGGCAGGAGGACCCUGAUUAACCCCAAACAGUGUUUGUACAGAUCCACUGGAAGACCGUCGGAGGAGGAGUUCAUUUCACUGGACCUGCUGUGUACUGACCCCCACCUCCUGCCCUGAUGUACUGACCCGAAUAAAACCUGUUUCAUCUCUUGUGUACUGAAACACCUGAAGAGGGACAACUGUCCCUUGCUGACGUUUAAGACAAGACAUUUCUUCGAGUUAUACAGAGGCUCAUUGGUUUCUAUGCACCUACUACAGUACUGUUCUUUACAAAUCUACUGCUUCAGAUUUCCUUGUUGUGGUUCAAAUGAGAAAUGGUGCCUUGUUUUUAUUUAAUUUUUAUAAGCUACUUUAGGCCAUGGUCCAUUGCCUGUUGUGAAAACUUGAAUUUUCAUUUGAAUAGUCUUAUUUAUAGACUGUUGAAUGUUUUAGUGUGUGUGUUCAUUUUGGUUUGUAUAAGCAGUGGGUGUACAUUUGAGGGAGCGUGUGUCGGUUUGUACAAAACUGUACACGGAUGAGUACGUACUGCAUGUGUAGGAUGAUGUCUGGUCGUUAUGUUUUCUCAAUAUUAGCCUGUGCCUGUGUAUGACUCAACCUAACCUGAGCGUGUUUCCUCUCCUUGUAUGGUGAUCCACUGGGAGCGCUCCUUCUCUUCCCCUCCCUCGUCCUCUCUUUCUGUUCUUUCCCUAUUCAUUUCUCUCUUUCUUUACACUCAAACCUUUUUAAAAAUGGCACCCUGUGUGCUCUUGAAUUUACACAAGUGCUAAACACGUGAGUGAGGUAGUUUAUUUUAAUUUUUUUAGAUACACUAUUUAAAUUGUGCAGGUUUUAGUCUGCUUUUUUGGACUUUUUUAGUUUUUCCUAGAUUUAAUAUAUUACAUUUUUGGGGGGAUAGAUUUUUCGUGCACGUUAGUGAUUGUGCCUUAGUUUUCUAGAUUUUCAGUUGCAUCAAUAAACUGCCAUGGUUUGAAACAAUAUUCACUUAAGAGAUUGUAUAUCAAAUUAAUUUAGAGCAUCUUAAAUGUAAUCUUGGUACUGCCACCCUCAUUGGUGUGCUUUGAGGAAGUGUGUGUGCUUGUAUACAAAACAUUAAGACCUCUUUCCAUGACAGACUGACCAGGUGACUACAGGUGAAAGCUAUGAUCCAUUAUUGAUGUCUCUUGUUAUAUCCACUUCAAUCAGCGUAGAUGAAGGGGAGGAGACAGGUUGAAGAAGGAUUUCUGGUAGAGCAUGGCACUUGCAACGCCAGGUUUGUGGGUUCGAUUCCCACGUGGGACCAGUACAAACAAAAUAUAAAAAUGUAUGCACUCACCACUACAUGUCGCUCUGGAUAAAAGCAUCUGCUAAAUGACUCAAAUGUAAACGUGUGUGUGUGUGUGCCAUUCAGAGGGUGAAUGGGCAAGAUAACAUAUUGUGCAGUGCCUUUGAACAGGGUAUGGUAAUAGGUGCCAGACUGACCGGUUUGUGUCAAGAACUGCGACACUGCUGGGUUUUUCACACUCAACAGUUUUUCCGUGUGUAUCAAGAAUGGUCCACCACCCAAAGGACAUCCAGACAACUUGACACAACUGUGGAAAGCAACUGCCCCAAUGAAGUGAGGCUGUUCUGAGGUCAAAGGGGAGUGCAACUCAAUAUUAGGAAGGGUUCUUAAUGUUUUGUACACUGUGUUUUGUUAACGAAACCUUCCUCCAUUCCAAAUCCGCUCCGACCUUCUUUCAGAGCGGAGGUUCAUUACAGCGUUACUGCAUGGUACUAAGAUGAAUGUGAGUUGUUAUUGGUUUUUUUUGUGGUCUAAAAAAUCUCUCAAAACACCUAUUUGUUUUUAACACACAUCUAAAUAAGUUAACAGCCAUUGGGUCUGAUAGAAAUGACAGGAUUAAUACAUUGUGGAGUGAUUUUAACUUGAUACACAUAGUUAGCUACACUUGCUUUCUUUCACUACCGACAUGAUGUAUGUAGCCACUAGCAACAACCAUGUCUUCUCUAGAUUCUAGAAGCCUGGCGUGUGUUCUAGAACACGUAUGGGCUGUUACAGUACCAUUCACUAGCCUUCUGAACACACCCCUAGCUGAGUUAUCUGUGGGAUCUCUGGGUGGUGGGACUAGUCCAAGGAGUCCAGCAGAACACACUGGAUUCUUUCCCCUGUAUGUGACACUUUUAUGUGAAUGUAUCGCUGUUGAUGCUUUGUGUUGCUGUUGAAGAAGAUAGAUUAAAAAGGUUGAUCUAAA